CACAGAAUUUAAGUGAUUAAAAUCAUUUAUUAAACAGUAAAAGGCUUAUAAAAGAAGGAUCUACAGUUUACUGACGGCUCAAGACUGUGGUGGCAAGUUGUUUUUUCUGUAAGACAUUUUCUUUGCAGUGUCGCUGCAGUGCUUAGAAGUCCACACAGAAGCAAUGGAGAAGUGUGAAUUGCACCUCAGGGUGUUUUUUAGUGUUACCAAUAUAAAGAGGAAGUGGUAUAAGUCAGCCAUUUGCCCGUCAGCUGUGAGAAAAAAUGAAGACCCUUUUGUUCUACUACUACUACAGCGUCUGUGUGUUUCAUUCACUUGCCUCAUCUGACCCCAAAACAGAAGUGUUUAUCCAGAUUACCCCCAGCAGAUCUCAGUUUUUUAAAUAUGAACAAGUGUCUCUGAGUUGCGAGGUCUCAGCUGGAGGCAGUCGGCUGAAAAGGAACACAACCACCGGAGAAACUGAGACCUGCCCAUUCAGCUGGGGAAUUCUUAAGGGCUCAACCUGCACCAUCAACACAGCGUACCCCUCGGACACCGGACUCUACUGGUGCGAGUCUGGUUCAGGUCAGCGAAGCCAGACUGUACACAUCAGUGUUACAGCCGGUUCUGUGAUCCUGGAGAGUCCUGCCCUUCCUGUGACAGAGGGAGACUCUGUGACUCUGCGCUGUAGGAGUAAAACAAGGAUUUUGUCCAACCUCAAAGUUGAUUUCUCCAAAGAUGGCCUCCUUAUCACGAGCAGUUUUACAGAAAACACAACUCUUCACAGUGUCUCCAAGUCUGAUGAAGGACUCUACAAAUGUCACAUCUCUGGAGCUGGAGAAUCAGCAGAGAGCAGACUGACUAUCAUAGAUCCAGCAGUUCCAGAUGCUUCUGCAGCCCCACUGUCUAUCUCUGUGCUGGUAUGUCAUGUAGUCGUAGGGAUUCCUUACCUGAUGACCACCAUCUUACUGGUAUUCAUAUGCAGAGACAAGAGAAGAGCGCUUCAGCCUCCUGCAUGAGACAUAAGCCACGACGUAAUCAUGGAGAUGGACUAAACAACAAGACCACACACAGUUCUUAAAUACUGUUAUCUAUAUGUAUUUCAGAAUUACAUUUUUAUUUGUGUACCCUUUGUAUCAUUUUAUGUUCAGAAAUGAACAUAAGUGUUACUAUAUAACGUAUGUAUUGUACUUGUAAAUGAAUGUACUUUAUACUGAA